ACAGUUUAUUAACAAUAGAAAAUCCUAGAAAACGCGAUUAGGUCUAUGUGCUAAAUUGUAAAGUUUAACUAUAAUUGUACGUGCAAUCAAUAAAGGGUGGCGACAAUCUACUAUACACACAUAUACACACAAAACAUAUCGUUUCGUAGAGUGGCUGGUCCGAGCUGAUUGGAAGAGAAAAUGUAUCCAGAUACAACCAAUGGCAAUUUUUGCGAGCAGAUAUGAACGAAAAUUGCCCAUUGAUGACACCCAAGCGCUGAGCUGCGAGAUAACCACAGUCGAGGAGGUCGACGGGCAUACGGAGUACUUGCUGCGUGUGCAAAGGGGGCCGACCACAGAAAACUCCUGGAACGUUCUGCGCCGCUACAAUGACUUCGACAAGCUGGACAAGUGUCUACGCAUCUCUGGCAUUGAGCUGCCGUUGCCUCGCAAGCGCAUCUUCGGUAAUAUGCGCCCGGAGUUUGUAGCUGAACGAAAGCAAGCACUGCAAGUAUACAUAAACGCUGUACUAAUGAAUCCCAUAUUGGCAUCAUCGUUGCCAGCGAAGCGCUUCGUUGACCCCGAGAGCUAUUCGCAAUCAUUUCAUGACCAUGCUGUGCAGAAUGCAAUGUUCUGCCUGCGCAACGAUUCGGCGUGGGCCCUGGGUGCCACAAUGGGUGCCAUAGGCUGGCGUCUACGCAAGCACUACUUUAAGGUGACGCCCAAGCCGCCGGAGAAGGGCAGCAACAAGUUGGUGAAGAGCGGCUCGCAGACGCAUCAGAGCAAGCACUUCGCCGCCGGCAGCAGCAGCAAUGGCAGCGGCCAUUCCAUGGAUGGUGGCUCGUAUGACCCCAAUGCCGAGAUGGUGGCGGAAUGGCUCGAGGCUGGACCGGACAAGUUUAUCGAAGAGAAGGAGAUGACCGGCAUUCUGAAGAGUCUGAUGGGCCUCCAGCAUCAGCACAUCGAGCCAGUUAUCCUGGCCGGCCACACCGAAAGCGGAUGUCUCGUCAUCAGAAAAUUCCACAAGCAUGGCACCCUCAAGGAUGUGCUGUGCAUGGCCACGAACCCAAAGAACCCCUUCCUGAGCAAGUACGGCAAUCCGAAGGGACGCACUGCACUCUCCAUGAAGCAAGUGGCCACCUACGGCAGGCAGAUCUUGGAGGCUCUCAUAUUUUUGCAUUCCAAGGGCUAUGCCUACGGCCACCUACAUUCCGGGAAUAUAGUUAUUUUGGACGAUUGUGUCAAGUUGUUGGACAUUGAGAAUCAACUGCUGGGCGUGCCGGCAUUCUAUCGGCCAUUCUUCAUGCAGCACAGCAAGAUUCAUACCAUGGAGACGGUGGACGUGUACUGCUUCGGUCAUGUCCUGUUCGAAAUGACCAUGGGCUAUCCCCUUCAAGAGUCGGUGGUGCGACAAAUCACAGAAUGCCCCGAGACGCUAAAAUGUUUGUUGGAGAGCAUUCUCUCCAAGGAGGCUUGCAAAACUGGCCUCCCAACACUGGAGCAACUGAUUGGUCACCGUUUUUUUACACAAUACGCAUCGACGGGUGAGGCAGCUGCUGCCGGUGGGGCUAACACCGAAAAGCCACACUUCAAAUUGUCCUUAAACGCCAAAGAGCUGCUGAAGCAGGCAGCCAUAAAAACGGAGAAUCGGCUGCGCGACGAGCAAAAGUCGGUGAAGAACCAGAAGAGGAUUGUGCGUGUGCAGGAGCUGAUGAGCUCGGAGGAGGAGAAGCGCAAGUCCAAGCAGAAAGCAAAACUAGAGCACAAACAGUCCAAGCUAAAGCAGCAAGGUUCACUGCAAACGAACAACGGACGCUUGUCGCUUGCGGCUGCGACUGCAACUGCAGCGACCGCUUCAUCCAGCACCCUGGCAGCUAGUGGGCUAAACGCGGCAGACUCCUUCAACCGCUCCGACAGCACUCCUGAAGAACCCACUCUGGCCGCCCUCAAAUCCCCACCGCCUACACCGGCCCCACCAUUUGGCUCGAUCUACCGGCGGGACCCACCUGCAGGCAGUGCAUCCACAUCGGCGUCUGGAUCGGUGGAAAGGCAGUCCUCCACCCCCAAUAUGCUGGCAGAGGAUCCUGAAGCCGCUGAAGGCGAAGGCGACGGACUGACGCGCUCCGCACUGCUCGAGUCUAUUUGCAAAUUCAAUCGCGGCUCCCUGCGCAAAGUGCGAUCAAACGACUAGGCAGGAAACGAUGAGCAGGAAAAUCGAGAUUUAUAAAUGUUAAAAUUUGGACCAAAUGUGGCGUUAUGAAAUAACCGUGCCAUCAAAAAUCAAUAUAUAAAACCCAAUUGAAUUUCGAAAGCUACAUUUUUAGAUGCAUAUUGAGAAACACGACACGCACGCCGGGCGGCAGAUGAAAGAAAUGAGAAAAAAUCGAUCGAUCUAUCGCUACGCUUAGCAUACCCAGAGAAACAAUCCAGCCUAACACUACUUGUCUUUACGAAACCCACUGAUUAUACAUAUAUUAUAAUUACAGCCUACAAUAUGUGUCCACUAUUUAUAGCAUACUCGUACAAAUAAUCAGCUAAAGGGAUCUAUUUAUACUAUAUGAAUGUUACGAGUCACAACACAUUGCGAAGCGGUCUAACGAAUCCCAAAACAGGCUCCGUAUCGCAACAAAAGCUUUACUUAAAUGUGUCCACUACACGACUGAAACUGACUUUGGUACGAAAUGAAUAUCAAAAGAAACAAAAAACCAAAAACAGAAAACUGAAAUCUGAAAAACAAAUGACAUACAGAGAAAUGUAAAACUUUCCAAUAUUUACAUACAUAUACAUAAGUCUGCACCAAAAUUUGCACCACGGACGAUGCUAUCUAAACAAAUAUCUUUUAUAAAAACCCAACCCAAGGGUUACUUUCGUACAAUACAUUGAUGUUAGAUGUCUAAGAACUUGUUCCUCAGUGUUGUGCUCUCUCUAUCUCUCUGUCUCCACACCAACACACAUGCGUUUUUAUGGGAUCGCCAAUUUUUAGUAGAAAUUUUGUAUCUUACUUGAGUUUUGGUUUUCGAAGAGCCACGAGUGUUUCAAAAACACUCAACUGUUCGUUAAAGUCUCUAUACAUACCCACGGAGUCAUGGACUCGCAAACGAAGGACAAGCAAAGGUAGCCCAGAGUCUUGCAUGACUAUUGUUUUCCCCCGUCUUUUUAUAGAGAAUUUACUAUGUGUGUAAUUAUCCAUAUUAUAUAUAAUCAGAAUAAUGUGUACGUAUUUGAAUAUGUGUGUGUAUAUACGUGUACUCGAUGUUUUGUAGUAUGGCCCAUAGCAUAACAUACCCAACGGAUUCACCCUUAGAGCACAAAAACUUAAGAUAAACUUGUAACUUCAUGCAUCAUACCAUAUGUAUGGCAUGUAUGCAUGUAUAAGUGUGUUAUUGUCUACUCUACUGACUGUGUAUACAUUAUGUUUAACGAUACUUAAAGACAAACGAAACGCGAUACCUAACAUCCAACACCUAACCGCAAUCCACUUCCCCCAAACAAUUAUUGCAAACCGAAUAAAGUGUAAAGUAAUUUGCCGUUGUAA